AUGAUUGCCAGGCUGGUCUUCAUCGACGAUGCUGGGCGCCGCCGCCUCAACGCCGCCACGCACCUGCCCGUGGCGAUGGAGAUCGUGCGACAGCUGAUUUCUUGCUGGCUGCGCAUGCGGCUGGUUGUGGUGAUGGACAUGCCGCUGCUGUUUGAGACAGGCAGCCACAAGCUGACUCGCCCGCGGGUCCUGGUGGCGGCAGACCCCGACCAUCAGCUGCGACGUCUGAAGGAGCGCGACGGCAGCAGCGAGGCGGAUGCGCGUGCGCGGAUGGCGGCACAGAUGCCCCUCGAGGCCAAGGCCCGGCUGGCUGACGUGGUGCUGGACAACAACGGCUCCCUGGAGGCCCUGGAGCGGCAGGUGGACCAACUAGCAAGGCGGCUGCGGCGCGGGGCACUGCUGCCGGGGCUGCUGACAUCGCCCUGCGCCCUGAUGCUCUGCCUGGCAGCUGCAUGGUCCUGGGGACCGCGCCUGCUGACUGCGCUCUUCAAGUGA